AGCUCACAGACAGAGUUUUCUCUGAUCCGUUCCACAGUUCUAUCGCGACAGAUCACCCUUCAGAGCACAUUCGACGUUCAGAGAAGCAAGAAGUUACUAGAAUAUAGACAUGAAGCAACAACAGAUUGUUUGCGAACAUGAAGCUUUUCCAGCUAAGCUUUCAUGGGUCGACAUUGUAGACCUCAACAUCCAAGUCGACUACAACGCUGUCAUUUUCCCUGUUGAAGAUGACAGCCCCAUUGAGCCGGAAGAUGAAUCAGAGAUCCAGGGGGAAUCAAGUCCUUCCGGCGACUUUGAGAGUCCAAGAUCAUUGGAAGUCAAGCAGRAAACAACACCCUCUGCUGGCUUCAAGAUCACCCCCUCAGUGGAAGACGUGGCAGAGACUAGCCAACACGUCAAAGAUUUGACAAAGCAGGUAAACGAUCUUAAAACAGAACUGCAGAGAAAGAAUUUUGAACUCCGUGAGGAAAGAGACAGAAGGACUGCAUGUCAGGCUGAAGUCAAAUCCCAGCAGGAGGAGAUUCAAAGACUGCAAAAACUGUUGGAAAAAGAACAUCACCUGCAAGUCAAAUGUGAACAGGUUUCUUGCUCUUCCAAAGUUACAACUGACAAGAAAGUUCUUCAACAGCUGGAAUACUUCAAGUGGGAGGCUGUAAAAUAUGCCUCCCACAAUAAAGGUCUCAUAGAAGUAAUGAUGGAAGAAUACCAAGUGAGACUCAAAUAUGAGGAGCAGCUCAAAAGUCACUCUGAGCAAGCUUCCAAAUUUAAGGCUCAGGAGGAAACGGUGAAAGCUCUGCAGGGUCAGGUGGCGGACCUAAAGGUGGAGUUGAAACUUGCUCUAGAAAACAACCAUCCUAGAGUCUCCACCCGACCAGAGGUCCCCCUGCAAAGAGAAGGCUCCCUACAAACAGAGGAGACCAAGGAUAGACAGACCUCCAAUCAACCAGGGAGGUCUGAAGAAAGACAGACCUCCAAUCAACCAGGGAGGUCUGAAGAAAGACAGACCUCCAAUCCACCAAGGAGGUCUGAAGAAAGACAGACCUUGAAUCAACGAGGGGUCAAGCUAACCCCGGCUCGGCCUUUAAAGCGACCCACACCCAGGUGGCACUAACCUAGGUCACUAUCCAAGCCCAGGUUUUGCUAACACUUUGCAUUAUGAAAAUUUGAGGCUUUGCACAAAUUUUGCAAAGCCUCAGA